UGUUGAUGUGCCAUCUAGUAGUAAUCAAAUGAUCAACUCAUUAGUUCUUUUCCGAACCACAUGAUGUCGCUAGUUACUCGCGUUAGCAAGAUGGUGGCAAUUGGCGAAUGAGGGAGGAACAUAUGAUAUCCUACAUCGUGGCGCCUGAAAGUUGUUCCGUGUUGGUUUUGUAAGAAGCAAAUUAUUUGCGAGGAGCUAUCAAGAGAAUGGAGCAGAGUGAAAAUUUAAACAAGGUGGAUUUGACGAGAGAUGCCUCGAAGAUAUCUGGUCCUAUGAAAGAGUACAUGAAAUUAAUUGAAAAACAAAACUUGGAACGUGUUCAAAAGCUUAAGCGUAUGAGAAGAAAUAAUAUUAUCACCGGAUGUUUAUUGGGGACCGGUGUAUUUGGCAUAUAUUUAUAUUCUAUGUUAGCUGUCAAACAGGAAAGUUUCUUGGAUGACUUUGAAGAGCCUAAAGUGUUGGCAAAAGAAUCAUAGUAUAGUUUUUUGGUAAUUCGAAUUUUAGACUUGUUAAGUAACUAUAAAAAGUGUAAUAAAACUUUUGUCAUGGGAGUGGAAGUUGCAGUGAGAUUACCUCCUUUGCCUUCUAUUCGUGACAUCAUUAGUUUGUAUAAGAUCAAUGCUUUGCGAAAAUUAUCACAGAACUUUUUGUUAGACACAAGGAUAAUUGACCGCAUUGUAAAAGCUGCAGGCAGAAUUGAAGAUGGUUAUGUAUGUGAAGUUGGACCUGGUCCUGGAGGUAUUACUCGCUCGAUACUGAAGAGAAACCCACGUCGUGUUAUUGUAAUAGAAAAGGAUAAGAGAUUUCUUCCCAGCUUAGAGCUGUUGGCUGAUGCAAGUCAAGGGCAUAUGGACAUAAUUUUAGGUGAUGUAAUGUCAUAUAAAAUGGAUAAAGUCUUUCCUGAUGAUUAUUGCAAACCAUGGGAUGGACCACCACCAAAUAUUCAUUUAAUUGGAAACUUACCAUUUAAUGUUUCCACUCCACUUAUUAUUAAGUGGAUGAAGUCAAUCUCUGAGAAAAAUAGUGCAUGGACUUAUGGAAGGACUAAAAUGACACUCACAUUUCAAAAAGAAGUUGCUGAAAGAUUGGUAGCUCCAAUUUCCUCAGCUCAAAGAUGUCGACUUUCAGUAAUGUGCCAAAAUUGGUGUCAAAUUACCCAUAAAUUUACCAUUCCAGGUAACUUAGGUUUUACACCGAAAUUAAGAUGUUUAGAACUAUAAUUAUGAAGUUAUAUCACCAUUAUUCAGAUGACUUAAUUACUUCAUUGAUUAAAGCCAGUUGUGAUCAACUAGAGUUGCUUUUGUUUUCCAGCAUGAUAAAAAGACCACUUCUUUAAAAUGUGUUGUUUGGUAAUUGACAAAAUACCAAAUUAUAAUUUUUUAAUUAAAUUAUAUUAAUUUCAAAGGUGCAUCUCAUGGAUGUAAAUUAUAGUUAUAGUCUAGUUCAUCUCCGUAUAUUCACUCAUCUUUGUCAUUAUUGUUUUGAAAUUUGCAUUGAAAAUGACCAAAACUUCUCACAAGAGGACAAUAUAUUCUAUACAGAUAUAUUUACAUUUUCAAUGAGAGAAAUGGAUUCUUUAAAAAUAAACUUUUUCACAUAUUCUAUGCAACUAGAUAUGAUUUUAAUUCACCUCAAUUUUUAAUAACAUGAAAAACUGAAUAUUUACUAGAAAAAUAUUAACAGAAUCCAGGUUCAUAUUUCAAAAUUAUUAAUUAUUUGCAUUAUAUAUUUUUCUAAUGAUAAUUUAGAAAGAAGAAGUACAUUAAAAUACAAUAUUAUUAAAGAGAUUGUUAAAUUAAAUUUAUUUCAAAAUUGGAAUCCCUUAUAAAAAUAUUCAAAAUACCCGCCACCCCAUAAAAUGAAAAUAUCUUCCAUUGAUUGCAUUUUUUUAAGUAAAGAACUUUCUACCCUUUUGACAGAAAAAUUUUCAUUUGUUAUUGAGAAGAUACAGAGAAUUGAACACUGCUCAUACACAGGAAUUGUGCACUAUUAGAUUUUGAAACCCAUAAAGGAAGACAAAAGCAAAUAGCAUUUAAUAAGGUUUCAAUGUAUAAAACAGUAGUUCUCACUUUCCUCUAACUUUUGGUAUAAAUUAAUAGUCCUACUUUGCUUUUUCUUGCAACUAGACUUUCAAGUAUUUCUCACCCCAAGCUGAUAUAUUGAGUCAAUAGUGGCAGUAGUGCUUGUGACAUACAGAUUUCCAGUCAUUCAAGUAGCAAAGUAUUACAAACGUGAAUAUACAAUAGUAAAGUUUGAAGUAGAUAAACAAAACCUACAAUGUGGACUAUGAUCUGACAAAAAAUAGUGACAAGUUUGUAUAUUUUAGGUACGGCGUUUCUCCCUAAACCAGAAGUUGACGUAGGAGUUGUACAUUUUGAACCUUUAGUUCAACCCAUUAUCAAUCUACCAUUUGAAAUUGUGGAGAAAGUUGUCCGCUGUAUUUUCAGUUUUCGACAGAAAUACUGUGUGCGUGGUAUAGAAACAUUAUUUCCAAAGAAAAUAAGGGUAUCUUUUGCUAAAGAAAUGUAUGAAAUUGCAGAAGUAAACCCACAAACACAACCAUUUCGCUUGAAUCUUGAAGAAUUUCGUCGACUGUGUGAAGCAUAUAAAUUAAUUUGUGAUCGAGACCCAAGAUUGUUGAAAUACAACCACAGAGCUAGUAAAAUGGAAUUAGAGGAAUUUGAAGACUUAAAUAAUGAUUUACUUUCUUGCAACAAUGACGAGUUGGAUGUUUUGAAAUAAUGUUUAUUUUUGUUAACCAAUUUUGUGUUAUAAGUACAUGUGAAAUUACCAUAAACAUGUAGUAAACAAUUUGCUAGUUUUCUUACUGUAUCUUUUUAUUGUUGUUACUGCUGUUUCUCUUUUAACUCACAAACUGUAAAUCUGUCAUUUUUGUUCCUUUAUCCUGCCAAUAUUGUUUACAAAGCAGAACAGAAGAGUUUUGCCAAAUUAACAUAUUUUUAACAGAUCCAGUUAGCCACCAAAUACUUGACAAUGAUUAUUGCUCUGGAAAAACUUGAAAGUUUCAAUAUUAAUUUGUAUAUGUUGGAAAUAUAUUCAUAGUUGGACUCAGUAUCUUAUUGUUACUGAAAC